CCGCUACAGGGGCCACGACCUACCGGGACAAACCUGGAGGAUCCUAUUCACUUCGCUGGAACCGUAGGAACAACGAUCCCUGAAGGAGUGUCGAGGAUAGAAAUCCUCGGACGCUGACUGAUUAUCGUACGAGGGGAAGAGAGAGAGAAGAUGACCGAGACCGCAGAGAUCGCGAGCCGUUUGUGCGAGCAAGGAGGCUGGAUGAUUACCCGCGAAGCCCUCUCUAUGAGGCCGAUCGGGGUAGAGGCGACUCCCGCGGCCGAUGGGAGACAGAACAGGGCCGACGAGAUGGAUAUAGGGACGACAGAUACGAGGGAUCAGACCGAGAUGGAUAUUUGGACGACAGAUACGAGAGGUCGGGUCGAGAUGGCUACAGAGGAAGUAGAUAUGAGAGAGGAGAUCGGGACUGGGAACGACAAGAUGGGUUGCGCGGACGGUUUGAGCGCAGGGGAGAUGCGAGAGAGCAGCGCGACGAGUCGCGAGAGUGGUACAACUGAGGGGACCGACGCGAUGAGUCACAAGGACGAUAUGACUCGGGGGACCGCCGGAAUGAUUCGCGAUGGCGGUAUGAGCAAGGAGGGUUUGGAGGAGACCGGCGCAACGAUCCGCGCGGUCGGAAUGAGAGAGGGGGAUAUGGCGUCUCAUCAGAACCAUAUCCCAAGUCGCCUGACCCCAAGGUGGCCAGGAGUUCGAUCUCUAGAGGCACAGACGACAGGGCAUCUACUCCCAAGAACUCAUGCGUCUAUUGUAGAGGAGAAAAUCAUAUCAAGAGGGAUUGCCCGGACCUCAAACGGGCAAUAGAUGAGGGACUUGUCGUGCUUGACGACCGCAAGUACGUCAAGUGGGCAGAUGAUCUGGGAGAUGUAUCGAUGUUCCCUUCGAUGAAGGAGAAUGUCGAAGCGAGGAGAAUAAAGACGAGUAAAGGAAUGGAGCCGGU